AUGGCGCCCCGGUCCGUGGUCAACACCACCCGGCACAUCUACAGGACCCUCGCACGGCCGGGACCCUCGAGGCUCGGGGGCAUCGCUAGGAUUCAAAAUGCCCCGUUUUCCUCGUGCCUGCGAGCACGGGCCGGUACGGCCUCGAACCCGGCAAUGGCAUUUCCCUGCCUGGACGCGCUAGAAACCAGGUCCGCCAGCCUGCAAGCGAGUCGGUCCUCGUCGGGCCCAGAGCCCAGCUACACAUCUGGGCCGACUGAGACGUUCCACUGCAAAGACGGCUUGCUCCUCGACUGGGGCGGCAUCCUGCCCGAGUUCACCAUCGCCUACGAGUCGUGGGGGGCCAUCAACGCAGACAAGUCCAACGUCAUUCUGCUUCACACGGGGCUGUCGGCAUCGUCACACGCGCAUUCCACCCCGGCAAACCCCCAGCCCGGCUGGUGGGAGAAGUUCAUCGGGCCCGGCGCGCCGCUCGACACUGACAAGUACCAUGUCGUCUGCACAAAUGUCAUCGGCGGGUGCCACGGGUCCACGGGGCCCAGCAGCAUCGACCCGGGCAACGGCGAGCGGUACGCGACGAGGUUCCCGAUCCUGACCAUGCAGGACAUGGUGCGCGCGCAGUUCCGCCUCCUCGACCACCUGGGCGUCGACAGGCUCUACGCGAGCGUGGGCUCGUCCAUGGGCGGCAUGCAGUCGCUGGCGGCGGGCGUGCUCUUCCCCUCGCGCGUCGGCCGCAUCGUCAGCAUCUCGGGCUGCGCGCGCUGCCACCCCUACGGCAUCGCCAUGCGCCACACCCAGCGCCAGGUCCUCAUGAUGGAUCCCAGCUGGAACCGCGGCUUCUACUACGACGGCGUGCCCCCGCACGCGGGCAUGAAGCUGGCCCGCGAGAUCGCCACCGUCACGUACCGCUCCGGCCCGGAGUGGGAGCAGCGCUUCGGCCGCCGCCGAGCCGACAGCUCCAAGCCCCCCGCCCUGUGCCCCGACUUCCUCAUCGAGACGUAUCUCGACCACGCCGGCGAGAAGUGGUGCCUCGACUACGACCCCAACUCGCUGCUCUACGUCAGCAAGGCCACGGACCUGUUCGACCUCGGCCGCGAAAGCCAGCUGGCCACCAGGUCCCGGCGCCGGAUCCACCGGGACGGCAUCCGCGCCGGCACCCACGCCACCGGCGACGCCUCGUGCUCCCUCACGCUCCCCCCGCGGCCCUACGAGGAGCAGCCCCCCGGCGAGGUGGACACGUCGGAGCCCCUCGAGGCCGCCGGCUCGUCGAGACCACCCGAGGACCUGAUCCUGGGUCUGGCCGCGCUGCGAGACACGCCGACGCUCGUGCUCGGCGUGGCGAGCGACAUCUUAUUCCCGGCGUGGCAGCAGCGCGAGAUUGCGCAGAGCCUCCGCCUCGCCGGGAACAGGGGCGUCACGCACGUCGAGCUGAGCGAGGCGACGAGUCUCUUCGGACACGACACCUUUCUGUUGGAUUUGAAGCACGUUGGCGGCAAUGUCAGCAUGUUCCUGGACUAG